UAAAUUAACUAUAGACAAUGGGUAAAUUUGUCAUCACGUACUGGGAUCUACGGGGGUUUGCUGAGCCCGCAAGAAUGCUUCUAGAGUAUGGUGGAAUAGAAUAUGAAAAUAGACUUGUGACCGAUGGACAAAAAUGGUUUGCCGAAAAGUUCAGCUUGGGAAUGGAUUUCCCGAAUCUUCCCUACAUAAUUGAUGGUGACGUCAAACUCACCGAGAGUUGGGCUAUUUAUAGAUAUCUUGGGAAAAAAUUUAAUCUGUUCCCAACAUCGGAAACAGACCAACGACAGGCAGAUAUGCUUCAAGGAGUGAUAAACGACAUCAGAGUCGGAUUUGUCAGAUAUAUAUAUGGCGCCGAUCUUUAUGAGAAAAUCGAUGAGCUCCGUAAGAACCAAUCUGGAAAAGUAGAUUUGAUGGAAAAAUAUUUGAAAGAUCGGAAAUUUCUGAUGGGAAACGACUUGUCUUUUCUUGAUUUUGCUUUGUUUGAAACCUUCGACCAUCAUCGUCUAUUUUUCACCGAUAUUUUUGACCAGUCACCCAAUAUUCAAAAUUACAUGAAAAUAUUUGAAUCACUGCCGCCAAUUGGUAACUAUCUGAGUUCUGCCAGAUACAAGAAGUUUCCAAUAAACGGUCCAAGUGCUUCAUGGGGUGGGCAAAAGGAAAACGACAGAAAAUAGACGUCGGCUGUCCAAACAAACAUAGAACAAAGUCGAAAAUUCUCAUUUUAAUUUCGAAUAUCAAUAUUUAUAUUAAUUAAUCUCAAAAAAAUAAAAAUAUUUCCUGAAAUACAUGUGUCAUAACUGAUAUUCGGAUUCGGAUAACUGAUCAGCUGAUCGAUUUAAUUUUAAGAAUUUGUAUAGAAUAAAAAUCCAAAACCAGA